AGAACUCUGUUACUUCCCACCAAUGGCAGCUUUCACUAACUAUAAAACGCACGUAUAAAAAGAGGCAUCACGAGGAGACUGGCAGACACAAAAGAGAAGUCGAACAUCUGACAGCGCUCAUUCGUCAACCUGAUUGCACAGGAAACGUUGGUCAUUUGGUGGGAAGGAUGAAGUGGACAGCUGCAUUCCUGGUCCUGGUCAUCGUGGUGCUGAUGGCACAGCCCGGAGAAUGUUUUUUGGGACUCAUUUUUCACGGCCUAGUUCACGCCGGAAAGUUGAUCCACGGGUUGAUCCACAGGAAUCGCGGCUUUGAAGAGCAAGAGGAGCUCAACAAGCGCUCGGUGGAAUUUGUAGCUGACCAGCAGGCUAUGAACUGAGAUUGUUUGCUUGCAUUGCAUGCGGUGUUGCUGUUUGUAUUUUUUUAGCUCCAUAGAAAAUGCUUGAAAUGCACAACGAAGUGAGGUGUUGCUUUAUGCAAUGUGAAAUAAAUCUGCAAUUUCA